AGGACAGCCCGAGGUCGCGUUCUUGCAGGAGCAGCUUCACUUCAGUGUGGUGGACCCCAGGGAGACAGAACCAGCCCAAAUGGACGACAAUAUGGAUAGUAAAUCCAUUCUGGAAGAACUGCUUCUCAAAAAGUCACAGCAAAAGAAGAAAAUGUCACCAAAUAAUUACAAGGAGCGGCUUUUUGUUCUAACCAAAACAAGCCUUUCCUACUAUGAAUACGACAAAAUGAAAAGGGGAAGCAGAAAAGGAUCAAUAGAAAUUAAGAAAAUCAGAUGUGUGGAAAAAGUCAACCUUGAUGAGCAAACACCGGUGGAGAGACAGUACCCAUUUCAGAUUGUGUACAAAGAUGGGCUUCUUUAUGUCUAUGCAUCGAAUGAAGAGAGCCGACGUCAGUGGUUGAAAGCACUGCAAAAAGAGAUACGGGGCAACCCUCACCUGUUGAUCAAGUACCACAGUGGCUUUUUUGUGGAUGGGAAGUUCCUGUGUUGCCAGCAGAGCUGCAAAGCAGCCCCAGGAUGCACUCUCUGGGAAGCAUAUGCUGAUCUGCACAUUGCCAUCAGUGAUGAGAAACACAGAGCUCCCACUUUCCCAGAGAGGAUACUGAAGAUUCCAAGGGCAGUUCCCGUUCUCAAAAUGGAUGCAUCACCUUCAGGUGCCAUUCUACCCCAAUAUGACAGCUACUUAAAGAAAAGUUGUGUUUCCCAGCCAACCAUCAACAUACGCUAUAUUCCAAGGGAAGACUGCCCUGACUGGUGGCAAGUAAGAAAACUGAAAAGCAAAUGCCUUACUGUACCGACAAUUCAGCCACAGAGUCACGUGGAACCUGAAAGAACUGAGGAAGACAUUGCACGCAGUAACCAACUGGAAAGAAAUACCAUCUCUCACAGCACCUCAAAGAUGUCAUGGGGAUUCCCUGAGUCAAGUUCAUCUGAAGAAGAGGAGAAUCUGGAUGCUUAUGACUGGUUUGCUGGGAAUAUCUCCAGGUCACAAUCUGAGCAGUUACUGAGACAAAAGGGAAAAGAAGGAGCAUUUAUGGUUCGAAAUUCCAGCCAGAUGGGAAUGUACACAGUGUCCUUGUUUAGUAAGGCUGUAAAUGAUAAAAAAGGAACUGUCAAACAUUACCACGUGCAUACCAAUGCUGAAAAUAAAUUAUACCUGGCUGAAAACUACUGCUUUGAUUCCAUUCCAAAACUCAUUCACUAUCACCAACAUAAUUCAGCAGGCAUGAUCACACGGCUCCGCCACCCAGUGUCAACCAAGGCCAACAAGGUCCCAGUGUCUGUGGCUCUGGGAAGUGGAAUUUGGGAGCUGAAAAGAGAGGAGAUUACUUUGCUGAAGGAGCUGGGCAGCGGUCAGUUUGGAGUGGUCCAGCUGGGCCAGUGGAAGGGGCAGUAUGAUGUGGCUGUAAAGAUGAUCAAGGAGGGCGCCAUGUCAGAAGAUGAAUUCUUUCAGGAGGCCCAGACCAUGAUGCUGUGUUGGAUUUUGCUGAGACUGACGCUGAGGGGAGGAAAAUAUCUGAGUCUUAUGUCGGGAGGUUCUUGGUUGCUUUUACUACUUGGAGGUUUUGCUUUCCCUCCCAAGGCUGCUCGGAACUGUUUGGUGGACAGUGAUCUCUCUGUGAAAGUCUCAGACUUUGGAAUGACGAGAUAUGUCCUUGAUGACCAGUAUGUCAGCUCAGUAGGAACCAAGUUUCCAGUGAAGUGGUCAGCCCCAGAGGUGUUUCACUACUUCAAAUACAGCAGCAAGUCAGAUGUAUGGGCGUUUGGGAUCCUGAUGUGGGAGGUGUUUAGUCUAGGGAAGCAGCCCUAUGACUUAUAUGAUAACUCCGAGGUGGUUGUGAAAGUCUCCCAGGGCCACAGACUCUAUAGGCCCCAACUGGCAUCAGACACUAUCUACCAGAUCAUGUACAGCUGCUGGCAUGAGCUUCCAGAAAAGCGCCCCACAUUUCAGCAACUCCUGUCUGCCAUAGAACCACUUCGGGAACAAGAUAAACCAUGA